AUGCUUCGCACUUCAUUAGUCGCACUUUGUUUGCUCGGAGCUCACGCGCAACCCGUUCAACCGGUCCAACCACGCGCCGCUUCCGUUGUCCCAAUCGACAACUGCUCCGCACUACCGAAUUACAACAACGCGACCAACACCGCCGGUCCUUGGAAGAUCCGCGUGGAUGGGUGCAACAAUGGCAGUUCACAGGGCUGUCGCAUAGAGGGAUUCGCUGCUGGCUGCGACGUGACGCGGUCGGCCGAUGAGAAAGGGAUCGAAAAGGGUGCAAUCACCAUUGUCGACAACAAUGACGCAAAUACACUCCUCCGCUGCAACGGCGCACUCAAAACCUUCGAAGCAUACGUCCCUUCCGGAGCGGGCGCACCAGAUUGGCAUGCGAUUGGCAUCGCGGAGGGUACCGACACGGCGCAAAUGGAAUGGGGGUUUGGAGCAGAGCACACUAAGCCUGUGCAGGCUUACCGACAGUAUGUGGGCGGGACACCGAUUGAGGGGAUUUUCUUGGGCUCAGAGGGACGGACGAGCUGGGCGGUACUCGAUUCUGGGUCUGGACUGAGUGCGGUCAAUCAUCAACCAUUCUGGUUCCUGCGAUUGUUGGAUUCGAAGACGGAGACGGAGACGGAGAAGUGGGCUGAAGAGAUGGAGACACGGAUUCGGAUUGAUGGGAGUUAA